CGCCGCCAGGAACGGAUCCCUUCCCGUUGCUGUCGGCCCAGUUCCGUUUCCUAGUACGAAGCCCGGCCCCCUUCGCUUGUGUCCAUUACUCCGUGCGGAGCAGCCGUCAGCAUGUCGGACAAACUGCCCUACAAAGUCGCUGACAUCAGCCUGGCCUCCUGGGGACGCAAGGCCCUGGACUUGGCGGAGAACGAGAUGCCGGGCCUGAUGCGCAUGCGGGAGAUGUACUCAGCUUCCAAGCCGCUGAAGGGCGCCCGCAUCGCCGGCUGCCUGCACAUGACCGUUGAGACAGCCGUCCUCAUCGAGACCCUCGUUGCCUUGGGUGCUGAGGUGCAAUGGUCCAGCUGCAACAUCUUCUCCACCCAGGACCAUGCAGCAGCUGCCAUUGCCAAGGCUGGCAUUCCAGUGUAUGCCUGGAAGGGUGAAACCGAUGAAGAGUACCUAUGGUGCAUUGAGCAGACGCUAUACUUCAAGAACGGGCCUCUCAACAUGAUUCUGGACGAUGGUGGUGACCUCACCAACCUCAUCCAUACCAAGUACCCACAGCUCUUGUCAGGCAUCCGAGGCAUCUCUGAGGAGACCACGACAGGGGUCCACAACUUAUACAAGAUGAUGGCCAACGGGAUCUUGAAGGUUCCUGCCAUUAACGUCAAUGACUCUGUCACAAAGAGCAAAUUUGACAACCUCUAUGGCUGCCGGGAGUCCCUCAUAGAUGGCAUCAAGCGGGCCACAGACGUGAUGAUUGCGGGCAAGGUGGCGGUGGUAGCGGGAUAUGGCGACGUGGGCAAGGGUUGUGCCCAGGCCCUGAGGGGUUUUGGGGCCCGAGUCAUCAUCACCGAGAUUGACCCCAUCAAUGCACUGCAGGCUGCCAUGGAGGGCUAUGAGGUGACCACCAUGGACGAGGCCUGUCAGGAGGGCAACAUCUUUGUCACCACCACAGGCUGUGUUGACAUCAUCCUUGGCAGGCACUUUGAGCAGAUGAAGGAUGAUGCCAUCGUGUGUAACAUUGGACAUUUUGAUGUGGAGAUUGAUGUCAAGUGGCUGAAUGAGAAUGCUGUGGAGAAAGUGAACAUCAAGCCCCAGGUGGACCGCUACCAGCUAAAGAAUGGGCACCGCAUUAUCCUGCUGGCCGAGGGCCGGCUGGUCAACCUGGGCUGCGCGAUGGGUCACCCCAGCUUCGUGAUGAGCAACUCCUUCACCAACCAGGUGCUGGCGCAGAUUGAACUGUGGACCCAUCCGGACAAGUACUCUGUUGGGGUCCACUUCCUGCCCAAGAAGCUGGACGAAGCAGUAGCUGAAGCCCACCUGCGCAAGCUGAAUGUGAAGCUGACCAAGCUGACUGAGAAGCAGGCCCAGUACCUGGGCAUGCCCCGUGAUGGCCCCUUCAAGCCCGAUCACUACCGCUACUGAGAACCAGGCCUGCCCUUUUUGCCUUCUAGCUGCUGUCCUUGUCCAGGUCCCACAUCUCCCCAAGAGUAAAUGGCGCCAACUUUGAGAAUGGUUUGUGAAUGUCCCCCAUUGACUCCCUGUGGCUGGUCACUCAAUCUUUGGGCUCCACUACAUCCCUCAUACUGUUCCAUGCGUGACAGGGCAAUUUGAGAAGGUAAUUGAGCCCUUCCUCAAGCCCUGGUCACAGUGGAGGUAUAUGGGAGAUACCCACAGGGAACCAUGAGCUCAGGGGUUUUAGAAGUAGUGGGCACAACGCCUGUGCACUUUAUUAUCUAAGCCCUCACCUGGCCUAUGGAUGUUGUACCCAUGUUCUUGGUUUAUAGGUUCACUGGUUCCUCAGCCCAUGGCAAAUGAGGAGGAGCUAUAUCAAUGGGCAGGGAGGAACUGUUGGAGUUUGAAUGCUCCUGAGAGCCUGGCUUAGUGCUGGGCAUUCUCUUAAACCUCAGAACAAUGAGGUUGGUACUUUCAGUCCCCUAUUUUAUAGGGGUUAUAAAAUAUACUGUUAUGGGACAGUGGAGAAAGAACAAGAGAAGUGACAGCCAGAGGUUGAGAUGGGCCAGAGAAUCUUAAAAGCAGGCAUAGAUCUGCCACCACUUUGUAAUGGUUCCUAUCACAACCCUGGAUCAAAAAGAGAUUAAUUUGGUUUAUAAAGUUUAUAUAAUGCUUAUAAUGUUAGAGCAGGAAGGUAGGUAAAUAAAAAUUUUGGUGCCUAAAAGAA